UGGUGGAAACAGUCGGGGGGGCGGGUCGAUGUGAACGCGCAGAGCAGGAGAGUAACGAGCGCGACUUCGUUUCCUCUGUCUUUCCUGUCCAAUGUACCACAGAGCAGGCUGAUCCACGUGUAUACGUUAGCUAUUUCGUAAAUUGUUUCCAAACGUCCAGUUACUUGUGUUUCAUUGAAACACACAACAGAACCAUGGUGAAACUAGCAAAGGCAGCAACUAAGCAAGCAACACAGAAGAAAAAAGCCCCUCCACCCCCCAAAGAAGUGGAAGAGGAAUCUAGUGAAGAGGACAGCAGUGAUGAGGAAGAGACUCCCCCCCCUAAAGUGGUGAAGAAAGCCACACCAGCGAAAGCUACACCAGUUGUUAAAAAUGGUGCUGCUGCCAAAAAAGCAGAAAGUGAGGAUGAUGAUGAUUCUGAGGAGGAAUCUGAAGAGGAGACCCCCCCACCAAAAAAGACUCCCGCAAAGGCUAAACCUGCACCAGCCAAAGCAGUUCCUGUAAAAGCGGAGUCUGAUGAUGACGACGAUGAAGACGACGAUGAAUCUGAAGAAGAGACCCCACCCCCCAAGAAGGCUACUCCAGCUAAACCAGCUGCCAAGCCCCCAGUGAAGGCUAAGCCUGCAAAGGAGUCUUCUGAUGAAGAUGAGGAUGAAGACUCAGAGGAAGAGGCCCCACCUCCCAAAAAAAGUACUCCAGCUAAACCAGCUGCCAAACCAGCUGCAAAGGCUGCCAAACCGGAGUCUGACGACGACGAUGAUGAUGAUGAAGAAGAUGAUUCUGAAGAGGAUAUGGACACCACUCCUGCUCCAGCAAAGGCAAAGAAAGCUGGCAUGGUCAAGGCCAAGGAAGAAUCGGAGGAGGAGGAGGAGGAUGAUGACGAUGAGGACGACGACGAUGAUGAUGAAGAAGAGGAACCCCCAGUGACUCCUGCCAAGAGGAAGGCUGAGGGCAAGAAGGACACACCUGCUGCCAAGAAAGCAAAGGCAGAAGGAGACGGGUUCUGUCUAUUUAUUGGAAACUUAAACUCCAACAAAGACUUUGAAGAAAUCAAGGAAGGCUUGAGAAAAUUCUUCUCCAAGAACAGCCUUGAGGUUGCUGAUGUCCGAUUGGGUGGAUCCAAGAAAUUUGGUUAUGUGGAUUUUGCAUCUGAGGAAGACAUGCAGAAGGCACUGGAGCUCAAUGGCAAGAAGGUCAUGGGUCAGGAGUUGAAGUUGGACAGAGCCCGAAGCAAAGACAGCUCACAGGAGGGCAAGAAAGAGCGGGAUGCACGGACACUGUUUGUGAAAAACCUUCCCUUCUCUGCAACGGCUGAUGACCUGAAGGAAGUCUUUGAAGCUGCCGUUGACGUCAGAUUACCUCCAGGCCAGAACGGUUCAAACCGAGGCAUUGCCUACAUAGAGUUCAAAACUGAAGCUGAAGCGGAGAAGAUGUUGGAGGAGGCUCAGGGAGCAGACGUACAAGGACGGUCCAUUAUGGUCGACUAUGUUGGGGAUAAGAGCCAGAAAGGGGCCAUGGUGUCAGCAUCAGCGGCAGCCAGUAAAACACUGGUUGUGAAUAAUCUGGCCUUCACUGCCACAGAGGAAGCCCUACAAUCCACAUUUGAGAAGGCAGUCUCUAUUAGGAUUCCACAGAGAGAUGGCAGACCUAAAGGUUUUGCUUUUGUAGAGUUUGACAGCACAGAAGAUGCCAAGGAUGCUCUGGAAAACCUCAACAACACAGAUAUUGAAGGCCGGUCGAUCCGACUGGAGUACAGCCAGAACAGCGGCAGGGAUGGGGGCAGAGGAAACUCAGGUCCAACAAAAACCCUCUUUGUCAAGGGUCUCUCCGAGGACACAACAGAUCAGACCCUCAAGGAUGCGUUUGAGGGCGCUGCCGCAGCCAGGAUAGUCACAGACAGAGAAACGGGCUCAUCAAAAGGCUUCGGCUUUGUGGACUUUCACAACGAGGACGACUGCAAGGCAGCCAAGGAGGCCAUGGAGGAUGGCGAGAUAGAUGGCAGCAAGGUGACUCUGGACUAUGCCAAGCCCAAGGGUGAAGGCGGCUUCCGUGGAGGUCGAGGUGGUGGUGGAUUUGGCGGCCGUGGCGGUGGCAGAGGAGGCCGUGGCGGUUAUGGCGGAGGAUUUGGGGGUGGAUUCGGCGGCAGAGGUGGUGGCGGCGGCAGAGGACGGGGAGGCCCCCGUGGAGGUGGACGCGGACGUGGCGGCUUUGGAGGUGGAAGAGGUGGCGGUGGAUUUGGAGCCAAACCCCAGGGGAAGAAAAUCAAGUUUGAUGACUAAAUCCUUAGUCUAUUUUACUUUUUGAAUGGACUCUGGUUUCAUCACUUUUCAGAGCUUUUGGACAUUCCAGAAAGCGUCAUUGAUAUAUAUUUAACUGUUAAUGGGCAUUUUAGCCCUUUAUUUAGACCCCUCAAACCUUCCCCAUCCUUGUGUGCCAGAAUGGUACUUUUUGACCUUCUCAGCUGAAGUGCUUUGUGAGUACUGAAUGUCCCAAAUGCAGACCUGUCCCUCUCACCCUCAUUAGUUUACUUUCUUUUCCGAAGGAGUAAAAUGGAACGGGUCUGGCAAACAAGUUCGCUGUAUUAAAAUACGCUUGUCUGUCAGAUGCAUUGUGUAAAUUUAAACAGUUUGUAUGAUUUAAUUUUACCUUUUUGUAAAAAAAAAUUUACACUUGUAUCGAUAUGAUUUUUGUUUUGUUUUUACUUUGUCAUUUAGUUUGCUUUAUCUGCCAAGUUUUACUGUAAUGUGAAAAACAUAUUUUGAUAGAUGAUUUGAGUCAGUGCUCUGAGAGUUGGGUGUUAAGGAAAUGGCAAAGAUGUUCUGUCUUGUUUGUUGGGUGGGGCACAGUCAGUGUCAAGAGGAUGACAUGCCUCUUCUCUAUGUAACAUAAAAUAUUUGUAGUGCAUUGACAAAAAAAUUCCCCAUCUGAGAAAAGAUUUUCACGUGAUUAAAUAAAACCUUAGGUAGGUGUUGAUUUUUAAA